AUGUUGGGCUUACGUGAGGUCCACCUCAAAUCCCUCAUCUUCCACCCUCCGCCUUCGACCCUCCGCCUUCGACCCUCCACCUUCCAACCUCUACUCUCGGACAGGGAGUAUAUGGAGAUGCUCGGCGAAGAGAAGUUUCAUCCCUUCGAUCACGACACCAAGAACAAGUUCCGGAAGGCACUGCCGCUGAUCAAAGUCUGCCGCUCCGCUGGCCGUCUCGUUCGCGUCCAUCUUCUGAUCGACACUGAGAAGAUCAAGGUGUGGGAAAGUGCUUUACGAUCCCUUAUCAAAAGAGCCGCCAACCUCGAAGAGCUCGAGAUUGUCGUCGACACAAAGGUCGAUAGAAAGGUCGAUAGAAAGGUCGAUAGAAAGAUCGACAGAAAGAUCGACAGAAAGGUCGACAGAAAGAUCGACAGAAAGGUUGACAGAAAGCUCGACAAGAAGACAGGGAAAGACCACCUGCCGCCGUAUCACAAACAUCUGGACCUUGCCGACCCUCUUGCAUGCAUCAACGCCAUCAUGACAGCCAUCUGCACCGCCGCUGCCGGCUCGCCUACCUCUCAGGUGCCCGCUGUUACCAACGCAGUCGUUACCGUCAUUAAAGACGGUGCCUUCUUUGUGGCCGACCGAUCAAUUGGGGUGGCCCCAACCGCUGUCGCUGCUCCCAUUGCCACGGCAAUCGACAAAGCUGCCAACAGCUCUGCGACGGCGGCCUUUACCACCACUCAGGAAGAGGCGAGCCACCAGCGUUUUACCAUGGGCAUUGCCGCCAGUUGCGCUUAUCUCGCAACUCAUCUCCCGACAAGCACCUACCGACCAGCGCUGUGCGUGGUGGACGUAGUCGCGUCCACGUACAAAGUCCUUGACGGAGAGGUAAUGGCAGUCGUGUCGGCCGCAUCGGCACCUGCUGUCGCUUCCGCUAUCGACAGCGCCGUCACGAGUGUCACCAUGGCUGUUGCUGCCGCCGCCGAUAGGCCCGGAGGUUGCAUGCGGGCCACUGCCAACGCGUACGCUGAGCAUGCCUCUCGCAUUGCUCGUGUCUUCGUCGAUGCCGUCAACGAUCUGACCGUCAACGAUCUGACCGUCAAAUCCUGUUAA